AGACAUCGAGCGACUAUCUUUACGAUGUGGAAGUGAUAAUCCUAUGGAUGAGGUCUACCACGAACAGUCAUAGAAAGACUUGUUCGUUUGCUCAGUUUGCGAUAACUUUUCAUUACUGAAAGUCUACAUCAUCCAGUACCGUGAAAUAUCUCAAAAGUUUAAAAUGUGUCUGAGGAUCUGUAGUGCCUGCAUCUUUAUUUUCUUUAUAAUUUUGAAGAAUCUAACUCCAGUAGUUGCAUUGGAUUGCUAUAAAUGCACAGAUUGUAUGACAGUUACCGAUCCGGAGAAUACUGAAAUUUGUGAUUCUUGUGCCGUGUGGAAAAAUCAGGAUGAUUUAAUUGAACGUGGAUGUAAGCCUGAAUUUCUUGAAACGCUUGCAGUUUGCUUUGCAGAUUUUUGCAACGAUCUGCGUGGUCCACUUUGCCAGCGGUGUUCUGAUCUCGAAACAUGCGAACAAGUUCAAUGUGAUAUAAAAACAAAAUGUUUCGUUAACUUGGUCGAUGAUCAACGCGGUUGUUCAUCCGAUGAAACAUAUGAUGAAAAUUCAGAGGAUUUUAAAGUUUGCGAAAAAGAUAAUUGCAACAAAGUUCCAGAAUGUGUGGUGUGCAAUUCCAUGGAUAAUACGGACUGCUUAACUAAUACUGAAAACUAUUACCAGAAAUGUGCAAAACACGGACUUUAUAGUGAGAGUAAUUGCUAUCGUCAAGAAGUUAGUGACUCCGAAUUUCGACUAGGAUGCAGCAGUGAGACUGAUUAUCCCGAAUGUGGCUCUGAAACAUGCAAAACUUGUGCGGAUGAAAAUUGCAACAAGAAAGAAUUCAUAUCUUGCUAUUCAUGCGAUAUAAGUACUGAAGAUUGUAGAAACAUCAAUGAAGAUCAUGUAUUAUUUGUUUGCACCGAGUACUACGACGAGUGUUACACUGGUUAUGAUAGUGCAACGCGAAAGACGCUUCGGGGGUGUAUGGAUAGUCUCGACUUGGAAGAGAUAUCUCCGACUUCAAUAAAAUGUAAUGAAAGCAAAUGUAACAAUGAGGAAUUUCCAACGCAUCGGAAGUGUCUCCAGUGUGAAAAUUGCCAGGACAGUGGUUCGAGUGAUUAUUGUACCAACGUGUCUGCAUCUGGCUGUUUCACGUUGACCUUAGAAGAUGGUACUGUCCAUCGUGGGUGCGAUACGGACGAUCGGUUCGAGGAUUGUACAGAAGACGAUAACUGUGAGGUUUGCUACGAUAGAGACGAUUGUAACGCGAACACCUGCUACCAAUGUACAAAUGAUUGCCCAUCAGUAACUGACAUUACACCACUGAAGUGUCUUGGGAAAACAUUCACCGGUUGUUACACUCUUCAAGACCUUGACAGUUUAUUGAUCAGUCGCGGCUGCGUUGAUGACAGUACUUCUGAUUAUUGUCACAAGGAUAACUGUUUAUAUUGUAAGGACAAUAAUUGUAAUACUCACGAGGUGAGAACGGAGCCUUUACUAUGUUCUUCUUGCUCGGGAUCACAAUGUACGAUAGAGUACAGUCCUGCAGAAGAGUGCAGUAGUGUGGGUUUGCUUACUGACCAGUGUGUUACAUUUGAAGUAAUGGGGGUAACAGUCUUCAAAGGUUGUUUAAGUGGUGCAAUUCCAGAGGAUUUGAAACCAGAAUGCAUCUUAGGUAAUAAUUUCUGCCAAAUGUGCUCAUCAAAUUACUGCAACACACCUAUCCUGAACUGUUAUGAAUGCUCGACCGAUGGUGACGGAAUCGAAUGCUUAACAAAUCCUUUAUUCACGAAAUCAUGUGAAUCUGGUGAAACGUGCGUUACCUAUUUGGAUGAAUCUGGACAGCUCCAUCGAGGAUGCUCCAGUUACAGCGGCGAAAGUUGCGAUCUCGGGUCGCUAUGUGAGCCAUGUUCCAGUUCUGAAUGCAAUGAUCACAUACUGCCCGAAAAUCGCCAAUUCUGUUAUCGAUGCUCCGGAGAAAACUGCAUUACAGUCGAAGGUGUAAGUUCACUUAAACCAGAACCAUGCUUACAAUUUCAUGAUGACGAAUCAUGUUACACAUAUGUGGAAAAUGAGCUGACCGUUUACCGUGGCUGCGUUUCGGAUGAAGUCGGAUUUUGCAUUGAUAACGAAUUUUGUAUAACCUGUAACGAUGAAACCGGUUGUAACUCGCGAAAUCCCUCGGUGCCCAAUGAACUGGUAUGUGUGAAAUGUAGUAGCAAUGCGCUAUGUGAAGGUGUGGCAUUUGGGUCUAAAUGUCAGAAGGAACUAUUGUUGGGACGAACUGAUUCAUGUUACACACAGUAUUGGACCGAUCUAGAAGUUGAAAAAGGAUGCUUGUCUGAUUUAAGUGUCAAUGAUCCUGAGUAUGGAAACUGUCAGGCGAAUAAUGAGAAGUGCCAUGUGUGUAAUGAAUCCGACUGUAACCGGGGAAAAUCCAUCUGUUAUAAGUGUAACUCGGAACAAGAUUUGAAUUGUGCUGAGAUCGUUGACCAACAAUAUUUAGUUCCAUGUCAAGGAGAAUGUGUGUCAUUCAUUACCGAAGAAGGUUUUACCGUACGUGGAUGCAUCGAAUCAUUCCAAGAAGUUGAAUUUGAUGAAACUUGUAGGGAAAAGAAAUGCAACAAUGCAGUGCUUCCCAAAGAUCAUUUGAAAUGUAUUCAGUGUGAGGGUUCACAAGAAGAGUGCCUCAAUGGUUCCGAUUUGAACAACAAAGCAUGUCCACGUCAUCGAGUGGGUGAUAGGUGUUUUACGCAUUUUGAAAACGCUACAAGUGUAACCAGAGGUUGUGUGUCAAGCACAGUAAACGGUAUUUGCACGGGGGAUUGCAUUUCAUGCGGAACCUCAGGUUGCAACCGUGAAAAGGCCCUUCAGUUGAACACGCUUUCUUGUAUUACCUGUCAAAAUAAGAAUUGUGAAGGAGUGACUAAAGGUGAAAUUUGCACAGAGAGGAUCUUACUGGGUAGACAUGAUUACUGCUAUUGGUACGAUGAUGGACAAAGGAUACAAAAGGGAUGUCUCAGUUCUUUAACAGCAGAAGACGACGACGAAAUCGGGCAUAUUUGUCGUCAUGAUGAAUCUGGCAAAUGCGUGCUCUGUGAGAGCAAUAACUGCAAUGGAGAUCUCAACUAUUGUGUUGCUUGCAACUCUGCUGAGAAUGCUGAAUGUGGCGGAUCGAUGAAGAAUGUACCAAUGGAAAUGAUGAAAACAUGCUCCGAUAGGCAAUGUGUGUCAUACAUUGAUGAGAACUAUCACACGGUAAAAGGAUGCGCAACUGGAACAAACUUCUGCGAUGAGACCCAAAACCUCGACUGUCAGCAAUGCACUGGAUCUAUGUGCAACAAUGUUCUGUUUCCUGAGGGUCGCCUCCAGUGUUAUCAGUGCAGCGAUUGUGAUCAACUGACAACAUCUCAACUACCAGUUCCUUGCAAAACGUAUAAUUCCGACGACCAAUGUUUCACUUACGUUAUUGAAAACUCUAUCCAUCGUGGCUGUCUUUCCCAAACGAGUCUUUCGUGCGACUCUUCGACAUAUACCUGUUUAUCCUGCAAUAGUACCGGUUGCAAUGAUCAACCAAACGAAUUGGAAAAUAUUUUAUCAUGUGUAGAUUGUCAUGGAACCACCAACUGCUUAGGUACUACGGAAACCAUUGCUUGUGGAGGCACUGUUAAGCUGGGAAAUGCAGAUAUGUGCUACAGUUUUCACAAGAAUAAUGAGAUCCUACAGAAGGGAUGUUUACGAAACGCAGAAAGUGCGUGCGAUAAACCUGACGAUUGCGAACUCUGUUUUUGCAGCGGUUGUAAUUUAGUGAAUAUUCUAUCUCCAACCAUCCAGUGUUUAGAAUGUGAAGGAGACGAAUGUGGCGACGAGUUGAGUCUUACUACAGAAAAUACUUGUAAUGACAAAGCAUGUGUAUCAUUCGUAUCACAAGCAGGAUUCGUAUCAAAAGGGUGCUUAAAGAAUUUUGAAGCGGAAGCAAUUUGCGCAUCAUAUGGCAGCAAACAUGAAGUGUGUGCAGAGCCUGGUUGCAACAAUAAACGGUAUCCAUCCGAUAGAAUAAAAUGCUAUCGUUGUACAAACUGUUCGAUGCCCUCUACGAGUCCAGAAAUAUGUUCAAAAUACGCAGAAGACGAUGGAUGCUAUUCCUUAAUAUCUCGUGAAGGAACAAUUACGGACAGAGGAUGUUUAUCCGAGCUACAAUCUGAGUGUAUUGGACCAUACUGCGAAAAUUGCUACGAGAAUGGUUGUAAUGACAAGAUAUCAGUCGUCACAACAACCGCGUCUCCAGAAGUGACUACCCCAUCUAAAGAAACGACAACCCUAUCAUCUACCGAUGGUAAUUCUGAUCAAACGACGACCGUGUCUUCAGAAGUAACCACCCCAUCGAAAGACACGACAACCCUAUCAUCUACCGAUGGUUAUUCUGAUCAAACGACGACCGUGUCUUCAGAAGUGACCACCCCAUCGAAAGACACGACAACCCUAUCAUCUACCGAUGGUAAUUCUGAUCAAACGACGACCGUGUCUUCAGAAGUUACCACACCAUCUGACUUGAUGCGUACUUGUAUUCAAUGUAACGAAACAGCCCUAGAUUCAACAUGUGCUUGGGGUUAUCUAGCUACAGCCGCUGAAAAGUGCACAUCCGAAAGUGAUACUGAUUGCUUCACUUGCUACAAAAACAAUCUUAUUCUUCGUGGAUGUUCAUCAGACUUGGCCCAGAGUUUGUGUUCUGAUGGAACAAUUAACAUAUGUAAUUCAAGUAAUGGGUGCAACAAUCAAAAUCUUAAAACUCAACAUUGUGCUAUCUGUACAGAAACUUGUGAUGGAUUAAGGGCUUCAUAUACAGUGCAACAAUGUUCUGGAAUAAUCAAAUACGCUGACCGAGGUUGUUAUACGUUGAGAGAUGAACGGUUUACAGUCGUAGAAAGAGGUUGCAUUGCUUCGCUAACAACUGAUACAAGAGCCAUAUGUAAUAGUUCAGACGAAAGAUGCGUGAUUUGCUACGACGACGGUUGCAAUGAAGGAUCGACUCUGAAAGUAUUGUAUAAAUUGAUUGUCGUGGCGAUAUUUCUGAUACACUUCAAAGGAAAAUAUAUUUUCUAAUAUAUAGUUGGGCAGUUAUAAUAGUUUUGUCGGCUAAAUAAAUAAAUAAAACAACAAAAUACAAUAUUUUCCGAUGACCUAAACGGUUUUGAUUAUAUAUUAUACAAAAUACGACCUUGCAUAAAACAACUUGUUUUAAAACCACUGUAGAAUAAAUUGAA